GUUGCUUUCGAACUCUACCGCAAGUUGUUGGAUAGCCGAAGUAAUUUGGGAUCGAUAUAAUCUGCUGAAGCGCUUUUUACAUGACUCCCGCAAAUCGUCUUUUUCUAUUCAUUUUCUUCUCCAAAUUCAGUUUUUUGCUGCAACAGCGAUGGGGAUUGUGAGGCAGAAGGCGGAGCUCGAUGAAUUCCGACGGAUGCUAUCGUGCGCCGCGGUGAACAGGCGCAAGGCCGGCGACGGCUUCGGCGGCGCCAGGGUGACUGCGUUUCCCGGCGACGCCUUGGACAGGAUGGUCUGCGUCACCAGCGGCGUAUCCUAUCUCGGCAUAGCUAUCGUGAACCAGCUCCUACUCAACGGCUACUCUGUUCGAAUCAUCGUCGAUAAUGAAGAGGAUGUUGAGAAGCUGAGGGAGAUGGAAACAUCCGGUGAAAUGAGGCUGAACAACAGUGUAGUUGAAGUUGUGAUGGCCAAGCUCACUGAGGUUCAAAGCCUAACCGAGGCGUUUGAUGGCUGUCGUGGCGUCUUCCACCCUGCUGCUUUUGUCGAUCCGGCUGGGCUAUCCGGUUACUCUAAAGCCAUGGCUGAGAUUGAAGUGAAUAUGAGCAAGAACGUCGUGAGGGCGUGUGGGCUUUCGCCUUCUGUUAGACAUUGCGUGCUCACCUCGUCUCUCUUGGCCUGCAUUUGGCGCGACAGCUCUACGCGUGUCGUUGACCACGAAAGCUGGAGUGACGAGGCUAUAUGCGUAAACAAAAAGCUCUGGUACGCGCUUGGGAAGCUGAGGGCAGAGAAGGCAGCGUGGGAGAUUGCCAAAGCCAGUGGCGUGAAGCUGGCCACCAUCUGCCCCGGGCUCAUCACUGGCACGGAUUUCUGCAGGAGGAAUCCAACACCUACCAUUGCAUACCUUAAAGGAGUCGAGGAAAUGUAUGCAUAUGGCCUGCUGGCAACAGUGAGCAUCGACACACUAGCUAAGGCGCAUGUGCGCGUGUUUGAGGAGAUGAAGAAGGCAGCCCCCGGCAGCAGGUACAUUUGCUUCGACAAAGUGAUGGAAAGAGGAGACGAGGUCGAGAGGCUGGCUGCUGAGACGGGCAUAGGUGUGGCCUCGUUAACAGGGGGCACCUCGUCUAGCAGCCGGCCUCGGUAUGAGCUGUCGAACGCAAAGCUUAGGCAGCUCAUGUUGAGACCGCAACGUUGUGAGAAUGAAUGAAUGAUGAGAUAGGAUUAUGAAUCAAAUUUUGCUAUAUCAUUUGAAGUGCAUCAAGUGUGAAUGGGUCUUCCAUGAUCAAGAAUUUGUUUUUGAAAAUAUAA